UGGCAUGUCGUCUUUAUCAUUUAGAAAUGAGUCAACUUUCUCCCUUUUCGUCACCCUUUCAGCGUGCAGGCUUUGUGCAGUACCUUCUCUGACUGUCAUCCUCAUAUACAGAGAGUGAUAAAAUAAGAUUCUAUGGUUUCUUGCUCCUAUCUGCACGGUUUGGGUGCUCUGACCAGCAGCCAUGUCCAAUAUCUACGCUCCGGAUGUUCAAUUGGGCAUCAGCAUCCCCGAGGUGUGUACCAAAGACAACGUGACCUUCUAUCAGGUCACGAUUGCCAUGGCCUCACAAGAUGUUCAUUGGAAGGUGGAGCGACGCUAUCGUGAUUUUGCCGAGCUUCACGAGACCCUCCUUGAGUGUGGAGUGAGUAAGGAAAGUCUACCCCAAAAGAAGUACAUAGGCAAUAAGGAGGCCCAAUUCGUGAUGAAGCGACGCAAAGACCUCGAAUCCUACUUACAAUCUGUCACGCAAUUCUUGAAAUGUUCCAUUCCCGAAUCGUUAGCUAGGUUUCUCGAACUAGACAAGUUUGACGUGAACUACAUUCUUCGAGAUUUAGCUGGGGAGCACUUUGAUAGGUUGGCAGUGGGUCGAGAAGACCCUUGGUUGUUUGAGGCCAUUUGGACGCCAUUGGAGUUGUUUUCCUUGUCUCAACGCCUCAAAAGUCCCCUUCCCCCUCAAGAUCCGGGUUCGAAGAGGUGGGAUUUCACCAAUGUGGCCGAUCGGGUGUGUCAGAUGAAGGCUUUGAAGGUCAAUGGACACUCGGAGAAUCUAGGUCUGUCCAACAUUUGUCCAAAUCAGUUGAAAUACGACUUCCUGGCCUUCAAGAAUCUGACCAAACUCAUCUUGAGUGAAGUGGUCUGCUCACCGGAUCAGAUUUCAGCCUUUGGUAAUGUGAGACAUACCCUUACGCACUUCAGUGUCAACAAAUGCCAUGUCGAGUCCAUUGCUCACCUCCUAUUGUGUGAUACUCCAUUCUAUAACCUCCAAGACGACGGAGAGCUCGCCCAGAUCAUCGACGCCAAUCCCAAUUUCGUGUGGAGGAAGCUCCAAGUCUUGGACUUACGGUACAACGACGUGAAGAAGAUCGACCGGAGCGUCACCUUGGCCCCACUGAUUGAAACCUUUCUUCUCGGUAGCAACAAGGUGACCGACAUUGAAAAUCUCACUACGCUCCCCAAGUUGAGUCAUCUCGAAUUGGCCGAUAAUGACAUACAUGAGACAGAUGAUUUGCAUAUCAAGCUGGGACAAGUUACUCGACUGGACUUGAGUCAUAAUAAGAUCAAGACCCUGGCUGGCUGGUCCAAGCUGUAUUCGCUGAAGAACGUCAACGUCUCCAAUAACCGUAUCAGGGAACUGAAGGACGUGUUCCCCUUGAGCCAAUUGCCUUGUCUCGAGGUCUUGAACCUUCAAGGGAACAAAGUGACCUCGGUGGUAGACUAUCGGAUCAAACUCUUUGAGUCCUUUGGGAAGCGAUGCUCCGAGCUGUGUCUGGACAACGAGAACCCUUCUCAGCGAGAAAUCGACAGAGUGUCCAUUCUGAUGGCUUUACGAGUGGCCAAGGAGGGAUUACCACCCACUACCCUCUUUGGGAAUCUGCCCAAGAGAGUCUCCUAGUUCCCCACGUUCCAUGUUGUUGGAUCAACUUCGCAGUCUGCCUGUGUGCCAAACUAAACGAGAAACACAUGUCCCAAACGUCAUUGUCAUUCAAUCCUGAAAGCUUCUUACAUUUUGCCUUCUCCGUGCACAUUACCAUUAACCAUUCCGGUAAUGGUUUGCCCCUUCAUAAACCACUUAUACCCUCAGACGGUGGUGAUGGCUGGUACACACGGGACCCUGCCAAUGAUUGCGUCGACCAAGAGCUUUUAGCGCGCCCGACUCCUAUAUUUUUGCAUAUCUAUGAAAUUUGUUUUAUAUCCAUGGAUCACUGAGAACCAAUCCUAUCGUGAGGCUAGACUGCCAACCAGCUUUACUAACAUACAUGUCUUUGUUAAUUCGGCGGUUGACAUUUCGCCUUGAACUCGAUUCCCCAAACCGCAAGCGUGUCUGAACUUUGCCUUCAUAUUGCCCUAAGCGAAAUAUUCUGAUAAUGAACUUAGAACUCGA